GGAUGCUGAGUGGUGUGGGUGGGUGUGGUGGUGCUCUUGAGGGAGUCCGGUUUAUUUGAUCCCUCGUGGUAUAAAUGGACCGCCGGAGCUCUCCCUAGAGACUUUUUGGUGUGCAGUGGGAAGGAAAAGUACGUGGCACGAUGCGGGAGUUCAAGGUCGUCGUUUUGGGCUCCGGCGGUGUCGGGAAGAGUGCCCUAACCGUCCAGUUUGUUUCCGGACAUUUCAUGGAGAAGUAUGAUCCUACAAUUGAAGAUUUCUACAGAAAGGAAAUAGAGGUUGAUGGCUCUCCAUGUGUUCUUGAAAUCUUGGACACGGCUGGCACCGAACAGUUUGCCAGCAUGCGUGACUUGUACAUUAAAAAUGGUCAGGGCUUCCUUGUUGUCUACAGCCUCACGAACCACCAGACCUUUCAAGAUAUCAAGAACAUGAAGGAACAGAUAUCGAGAGUCAAAGGAACAGACAGAGUGCCUAUCAUGCUUGUUGGAAACAAGAUAGACCUGGAGCACCAGCGUGAGGUGUCAACAGUGGAAGGAAUGGCCCUCGCUCAGAUGUGGAGUGGUCCGUUUCUAGAGACUAGUGCCAAAAGUAAAACCAAUGUAAAUCAAGUCUUCACGGAGAUAGUGAGAGAAAUGAAUGACAGCCCAGAAAUUGAAAGUGGGACCAACUGUUGCUGCACCAUCUUGUAGCACUGCGGAACCAGCAUGUCCAUGGGCCCAGGGACUUCGCAAAUCAUGGUGCUGCCGCGCUGCCCCGCGGACGGCCCCGCCGGCCGACCAGACCGGACCAGUCGGCGGCGCCCAGCCGUCAGCACCGGCACGCGAGUCGCCGUUUCAUAUCGUGACGAAGCCUUGUUGUCUGGCGGCGGGGCGGCCCGGUGCGGCCGCCUGAGCCGGGAGGGCCGACCGGACCUGACCGGACCCCAGCCCCGCCGAACUGCGUGUGUUGGGCGCCGCCCCGUGUUUGUACGCCGCGUGGAGCGCUGCGACAGUGAUGUUACUUUUGACGGAGAGAUUUAUCGUGUGACUGUUUGUAAUCCCGCAUCGCCCGCCGGGCGGCGCGCGCGCGCAGCGGCCUCGUCCCGUGUCCCUGGGGCUCGGCCGGCCGGUUGCCAUAUGUCGCCGCGGCGCGGCGCUGCGGUCGGUCAGCCGCGAGGUCGGGCCGCCGCCGCCGCCGCCGCUGCCCCCCUCCCGUCUGUGAUCCGACGGCCGGCAAUACCAGCGUCUGCUCAAAGGCGGCACGUGACGGCCGCCGCGCGCCCGGCCGUCCUCCGCCCUCGAACGUGCCUGCGGUGGAGCCGCGCGCCGACGGCCCGCCGCGCCGGUCAACGCCACUGAGCUAACGCUGCUGGGACGCGCCACGCCAGAGUGUGGCCGCCUGGUGCUAUGUUAACACGCCGGUUGGUUAACCCGUUGUCGACGUGCGUGGAGAUUUGUAGACUUUGCUAUAUUAUUUUUGUAUACAGCGUACAUUGCGGGCUGUAUCGGAAUCAUUUUUAAGACGAUCCUGUUCUGUGCGCAUGCCGGGGCUCUGUAAUACACGUAAAUUUUCGCGUA